AUGGCUACCAGCUCUCCUGCCGGCAUUCCUUCGAGCAAUCCCCUUCUCGCUCCUUCGAGCCCCACCGCGAGCCGAUCAACUCAACGCCCUACUGCCAAUGCUCUUUCUCUGGAUGAUGACGAGCCUCAGGCCGCAGGGGAUGGCGACUUGGGUGAUGAAACCGGGGACCCUAGGCGACGAAGAAAGGCCCGCACCCAGGGAAUCGACGUGCCUCCUGUCAAGGAUGCUGUCGGAGAGUCCGUGGCAGAGGCUUUCGAAAAGUUCCUCAAAACGUGCGCGCUCCUCGCCGCGAUCUUUGCUCCCACUCAUUCACGCGUCAGGUUCACGGAACGCGUCGCACUAGCGGCAACGCCCGGCUCAGAGGGCGACGCGCCUGGAGAAGCAGAUGCGGAGCUGAUUUAUGUUCAGCAGAUCUACACCAUGCGCGAAUACAACCUCACAACGCUCUACGUCGAUUUCGGCCACCUGCUCAUGGCAGACGACAUUCUGUCCAACGCUGUGCAGAGACAGUACUACCGAUUCCUCCCAUAUCUGCGCCGUGCUCUCGUUAAUCUCGUCACUGAAUACGCACCCGAAUAUCUGAAGAUCAAUCCCAGUGCUGCAACGACCGAUUCAGCGAACCUUCAGUCCCGAGAUUUCAAUGUCGCCUUCUAUAACCUUCCUCUCACGUCGGGUAUCCGAGAGCUUCGAACGGAGAAGAUCGGUACGCUCAUGAGCAUCGGGGGCACGGUGACUCGGACAAGUGAGGUCCGGCCUGAACUGCUCUUCGGAAGCUUCGUGUGCGAGAUAUGCAGUGGCAUCGUCGACGAAAUCGAGCAACAAUUCAAAUACACCGAGCCUUCGCUCUGCCCCAAUCCGACAUGCGGUAAUCGCACAGCUUGGAAGCUGCAGAUCGAUACGUCGCGAUUCACAGAUUGGCAAAAAGUACGAAUCCAGGAGAAUCCGUCUGAAAUCCCCACUGGCUCUAUGCCGCGCUCUCUCGACGUGAUCCUGCGCUCCGAAAUGGUCGAGCGUGCCAAAGCUGGUGAUAAAUGCGUUUUCACGGGCACAUUCAUCGUCGUGCCUGACGUCAGUCAGCUUGGCUUGCCCGGGGGCAAUGCCGCGCAGCUUCAACGCGAGGCUAAUCGAGGUGCAGGUGGGGGUGCAGCGACUGGGGGCAUUAGCGGUGGUGUAACCGGUCUCAAGAGUCUCGGAGUGCGGGACCUGCAGUACAAGACGGCGUUUCUGGCCUGCAUGGUGAAAGACGCCGACAGCCGUGACGGGACAAACAUCCGCGGGGAGGACGACUCGUCGGAGGACAGUGCCCAGGCCUUCUUGGACAGUCUGACGGAGCCCGAGUUUGACGAGCUGAAGAACAUGAUCAACGGCGAUCACAUGUACACGCGUCUGGUGAACAGCAUUGCGCCGACAGUCUACGGGCACGAGAUUGUCAAGAAGGGACUGCUCCUACAGCUCAUGGGCGGCGUGCAUAAGCAAACGCCGGAGGGGAUGCACUUGCGUGGAGAUAUCAACAUUUGCAUUGUGGGCGAUCCUUCGACGUCAAAGUCGCAGUUUCUCAAAUACAUCUGUUCUUUUCUUCCUCGUGCGGUGUACACCUCAGGAAAGGCGUCUUCUGCGGCUGGUCUCACUGCCGCAGUCGUCAAGGACGAGGAAACGGGCGACUUUACGAUCGAGGCUGGCGCGCUCAUGCUGGCGGACAACGGCAUCUGCGCGAUCGAUGAGUUCGACAAAAUGGACAUUGCCGACCAGGUCGCUAUUCACGAAGCGAUGGAGCAACAGACGAUCUCCAUCGCUAAAGCCGGAAUCCACGCGACGCUGAACGCACGGACGUCGAUUCUCGCUGCGGCCAAUCCAAUCGGCGGACGAUACGAUCGCAAAAAGUCGCUGCGCAGUAAUGUACAGAUGACACCACCGAUCAUGAGUCGAUUCGAUCUAUUCUUUGUCGUGCUGGACGAAUGCGACGAGAAGACGGACAUCAAUAUUGCGAAACAUAUCGUCAAUGUGCACCGCUUCCGGAACGAGGCCAUCAACCCCGAGUUCAGCACUGAGGCGCUCCAGAGAUAUAUUCGCUUUGCGCGGACGUUCAAUCCCAAGCUGACUGCAGAAGCUGCGGAUGUCUUAGUUGAAAAGUACCGGAUUCUGAGGCAAGACGAUGCCACCGGGAUGGGGAAAAACUCGUACCGGAUCACUGUACGGCAGUUGGAGAGUAUGAUCCGUUUGAGUGAGGCCAUUGCACGAGCCAACUGCAAGGAUGAGAUCAUCCCAGCGUAUGUUCGCGAAGCGUACAGUCUUUUGCGACAGUCAAUCAUCCACGUCGAGCAGGACGACAUCGACUUUGAUGAGGAAGAGCUUGAAGGCGAACGGGGACGGACGGCUGGUGCACCAGACGGCGCUGACGACAACGACAUCGAGAUGUCUGCUGCUGCUGCUGUUGACGACGAUGAUCUGGAAGGCAGCUCGUUGCCCGUGCCGGCCUAUUCGCAAGCCCACGCGACGUCUGAGUCAGAUACUGCUGCUGGCAGCCUGGGCGACUCGGCCGUUCCUGCUCCUCCAGCGCCUGCGAAGCGACGAAUGGUGAUCACACACGACCAGUUUAUUAAUUUGAAAGACCUCAUCGUCAUGCACAUCUCCGAACAAGAGCAGCAGGGGGUCACGAGUGGUGUCGACCGGGACGACCUUAUCGACUGGUACCUGGAGUUCAAGGAACCAGACAUGCAAGACGAAAGCGACGCCGAUUAUGAGAAGGAGCUGAUUACGAAGAUGCUGAGGAAGCUGGUCAAAGACAACUAUCUUCUGGAGGUCAAGGGCGAUGUUCAAGAGUCGUUGCCCUCGAUGGAUGAAGAAAGCCAGCCAUCAGACGAGAAUGUCAAAAUGUAUUAUAUGGUUCGACGCGUUCCGACGCUUCGCUCUUCUUGUCCCAGCUUUGAUGAUAAACAGCAGAUGUCUGAGCCCAAGCUGUACAAUCGCCCAAGCCCCCUACCUCCCUUCUCGCAGCGAGUUCCCAGCGCGCCGAUAUCGACCCUCUCCAACGCGCCGCACGACUACCAAUUCCCCCUGCCCGGCGCGCUCCUCCUAGACGGCAUCGCGCACUCGUUCUGCCUCGGCUUCGUCUUCGCGCUGGGGCUCAAGUACUGGGAGGACUUUGGCGACGAGGUGGCGCGCAAACGCGUGUACGUGCUGGCGCUCGUCCUGCUCUCGACCUUGCAGACGAUCUUGCAGGACUACAAGCUCUGGACUGUUGCCGUGUCGCACGAGCCCUGGGUCAGUCGGCGGGGAGCGGGCAGUUCUUUCGUCUGGGUCGAUUUCUUUCUGAAUGGGAUGAUAUGCUGUCUGUGCGAGGUGUUUUAUAUCAAGCGUUGCUGGAAGGUGCGUUGUCCGUGCUGGCGGCUAGACCUGGACGUCGGUGCUCACCCUACCCGCCGAGUACAGACGGUCAACUACAGCCCCUGGGUGCUCUAUCCGCUGUCAGUCCUAUGGAUAAGUGGCGUGGGAGCCCAGUUAUACAUUGCGAGUCGAUCAUUUCCUCGCUGCAACAUUGCUCUGAUCAUGUCGCAGAGCAUCACUCUUGGGUUAGAGUUUCCGUAUGCAAAGAACCAGCAACUGGAUGAAAGACUGGAAAACAUGUUCAGAGAUGUACGUGGAUGUCACGGGGCGACUGUCGGACUGAUCAUACGCUCUGAAGACGCUCACGGUUUUCUCCUACUGGGUCAUCGUGUCUGCCGUUCUGGACCUCAGCUUUGCCGUGAUACGCGAGUACCCGUCCUUCUGACAAGCUUCCUUCGCAAGACGAGCACCGACUUGGAAAAUUCGACGACGGUGAUUCAUAGAGUGAUAUUCAUGGCACUCGAGACGGCGGUUCUUCCCUUCUUGUCUAUGCUCGCUGCAGCGAUCACCGCGCACGCGGAUCCUGAAGUGGGCCACCACGACGAUCUCCUUUUGUUCUUUGUCUUCAUUACAGCCAAGUUCCAAACCAUCGGGUUGCUGCGGACUUUAAACUCGCGCGUUCCGUGGCGAGACAGAAUUGAUGCGACAGAUAUGGGGAGGACGGAGCUGGGAGGACGGCUAGGUGCUGAAAGGAAGAAGCUGCGGGGACUGGACCUGGCGACGGAGCUGCUGGAGCCCGCGCUCAAUGAUAUCGGGAAUGUACGCUGCCGCAUCGCUAUCUACACCCUCGAAGGCGUUAAUCAGACCAUGCAGUUCUUGCCGGAACGGACGAUAGAGCCCCCGGUGAACUGCACUUGCGGUGCGGACCCGAAACGGUAUGCGGCGAUUCGACCGGGGCAGAUGGUGUUGUGCGGGGAGAAGACAGAGGACCAGAUCAGACUGUUUGUGAGGACGUUUCGGAACGCAGCAAAUCAGGCAAUUGACAGUCAAGAGUCGUGCCGUAGUUUACUGGAUUCAUUACUUUACUUAUGGUUUGGUCGCCUCAACGAUUCGUGUGCAUAA